UUCUGUAAAUAGAAUGUAUUGUAAUCCUGCUUCAGUCCAACGUGGUUCCUCUCAACUCAGUGCCGCUUGUCCGCUCCACUUGUUAGGUUUGUAAUAAAGAUGAAUGAUGAACAGGACCGGCCCUAUAGGUGCAGCGCUCCUGGCUGCUCGCAGCGUUUCCAAACAGAAGACCACCUGAUGAUCCACAGACACAAGCAUGAGAUGACCCUCAAGUUCUCCUCCACCAAGGCUGAUCCUCUUGCAGACCAGACCCCAACGCCGACCCGUUUCCUGCGUAACUGUGAGGAGGUGGGCCUCUUCAAUGAGAUCGAACAGGAGUUCCGCCAGGCACAGGAGGAGCAGAACAAUAAACAGACUCAGAGUCUCCCUCAGAAUGGAUCAUCAUGUGUGAACCAACCCCAGUCACACUCCCAACACCAACCACAGUCCCAUGGUGGUAUGAGGGGUCUAAGCUGCAGUAUGGCUGGACAGCAAGCACUGCCCUCUGCCCAGUCCAACUCAGUCAUCACCCAGGCCCACUCCAUGCUCACACACUCAGGACCUGUCCCUGGGCCCCUCUCCUCCCUACUGCACCUGAGGAACAACAGACAGAGACAGCCCCUGGCCGCCUCCAUGCCUGGCCCCCUGCCAGACCCAGCCAUGCAGGGAGCAUCUGCCCAGCACAUGUCUAUGGAAAGACAGAUGUCUAUGGGAUCCAGUAUGAUGAGCAUCCAAGGUCCCGCCCACAACUCUUCCUGCUCUUCACCUCAGAGAGCUAAAACCGUGGGUCACCUCCACCAACACCAACACCCACACCCGGGAGCUGUCGCCAACGGCAACAUGGGUCCCACCAUGGGUAACAUGAUGGAGAUGUCACCGCGCCAACGGCACAGUCAACUGCAGCAGCAGCAUCAUCAGCACCUGCAGCAGGCUCCGCCCAUCUCCUACCAGCAGCACUGCCACGCCCCUCCACAUCACCUGGGAAACGCCCACAGCCUGGGCCACCAAUCAGGGAACGUGCCACAUCAUCCGGUUCACCAAUCACCUCCCUCGCACCUGCAGGCCAGCCACACCCACCAGACCUCGCCUCACCUGCCCCUCCACUCCAUAGCUGCUCAGUUGUCUCCAGCAGCCCAGCAGACACAUUCCCUGCAUGCAGGCCAGGCGACUGGAGGACGUCGCAGGAGGUCUGUGGACCAGGACCCAGACGAGCGCAGGCAGAAGUUCCUGGAACGCAACCGAGCUGCGGCCACGCGAUGCAGACAGAAGAGGAAGGUCUGGGUGUCUGCUCUGGAGAAGAAGGCAGAGGAGCUGACGCACAACAACAUGCAGCUGCAGAACGAGGUGACCACUCUGAGGUCAGAGGUUGGCCAGCUGAAGCAAAUCCUGCUGACCCAUAAAGACUGUCCUGUCUCCGCCCGCCAGAGAGAAUCACAGGGGUACCUCAGUGAGUAACACCCCGACCCCACCCAUCCUCAAAACACCCAGAGGUAUACCCCUACCCUCUACAAUACUCCUAUUCCAAAACACCCAGAGGUAUACCCCUACCCUCUACAAUACUCCUAUCCCAAAACACCCAGAGGUAUACCCCUACCCUCUACAAUACUCCUAUUCCAAAACACAGACUCCUACUCCUAUCUCAAACACAGACUCCUACUCCUAACCCAAAACACAGACACCUAUCCCAAACACAGACUCCUACUCCUAUCCCAAACACAGACUCCUACUCCUAUCCCAAACACAGACUCCUACUGCUAUCCCAAACACAGACUCCUACUGCUAUCCCAAACACAGACUCCUACUCCUAUCCCAAACACAGACUCCUACUCCUAUCCCAAAACACAGACUGUACCCACAAGGAUACAUACUGUACUAUGUGUACCAUCUACAUGGUCCCAUGUGAGUGUGAUGGGCCUGCUACACAGGACACUUUUGCAGAGUGUGAGACACUCCUAUUGUUUUUAAUGAAACCUGGGUCUUAGCAGCAACCCACUGGUUGAAUCAACGAUGUUUCCACGUCAUUUCAAUUAAAUUAUGUUGAACAUCCAGGAGGUUGGUGGCACCUUAACUGGGGAGGAUGGGCUCGUGGUAAUGGCUGGAGCGGAAUAAGUUGAAUGAUAUCAAAUACAUAAAAGACAUGGUUUCCAUGUGUUUGACGCCAUUCCAUUCGCUCCUUUACAGCCUUUUUUAUGAGCCGUCCUCCCCUCAGCAGCCUCCACUGGUUGAACCAGCGUAGAAUAGGCGUUGAAUUGUUCCCAGUGGGACGGCGCUGUGAGAGACUUGUGCUGCUCUGCGUAAAACUUUCAUAAAUUCAAGGUAUGAUUCACUCCCAAGAACACUUGAUGAAGUGCCUCGCACACCGGCAAAAUGUUACAUGUCCAGGAUAGCAGCUUAAAGCCUAAAGUUUUCUUGACGCCCCAGGUAGCUCCCCUGUCAGAGCAUCUCCCCAAUUCAACAAACGUCCAGAGUCAAAAAUACAGGUAUCAGAAACACAGGGCUACAGUCUCGCAAUGGUUGGCGUAUGAGGUUGAAAAGUGAGAUUGAAAAACCCUUUGCACCUUGAUGACUGAAUGGAAAAAUCUAUGAUGCCUAUUCUUUUCAGAAUGAUAAUUGAUGUAACCAAUGAGCACAUUCUUGGGUGUUACAGACAGAUGUACUUUAUUGGUAUAUUACAAUGUUUGCCUUAUUUGCUCCACAGUAAAGCAAAUGUCAAAAUAAAAUAGCUAUUUUCCUUAUAUGAACUGUACAUGAGUUGUCAUUAAUUAUAUAACAUAUGACUGCUCUAUUUCUAGUGACAUUUUGUUAUUUCUAUAUGUAGUGUUUUUAUUGUAGACUUUCCUCUGGACCCAGAUCUUAAACAGAGAGAGAGGGAGCUGUCAAACACUAGCCAGGUCAAUUUGAUUGACAGCUGUCUCUGUGCCCCAGGUCCAGGGAGUUCGACAGGAAGUCCCUCCCCCCUGUGUCCCGGGUCGCAGCAGCAGGCCAUCCAAUCCAACAGCAUCUCCACCUCCUCAUCUGGAGGGGGCGAUGGAGCGCACAGCAAUUCAAAAUGAAAGCGGGUGGGUGCGCAUGUGGUUCGGAACAUAGAGUUGGAUAGAGAGCUUCCAAUAAUGUCCCAGGAGACAAACUCUCUAGUACAUCUCUAUGGUUCAGAAUCAACCCCCCUCCAAUUGAGUACAGGAUGUAGUUCCUCCUAAACACUGAGCUAAGGUCAGUCAUGUGUUCCCCCCCUAAUGGUUAAGGUUAGGAUGGGGAAGGGUGAGCUGAUCUUUGAUCUGUGGUUAGAGGCAACUUCUACCUGGAAUCAGGGAUUAAACCCUAGGUGGGUGCAUCUCAUUAGUCUAAAAUGGCUCCCUCUCCUGGUCUCCUAGCCUCUAUGGACACAUGUAUAGCAGAACUGGACUGGUCUCUAUAAGCCUUACAUCUCCGGUAGGUUUGCAAAAUUCCGGUAACUUUCCCAACCGUGAUUUCUGGAAAACCUGUGCAUUUUGGGAAAGUUACCAGGGUUUUUGCAACCCUAGUCUCUGUCUCUCUAACUGUGUGAUCAUAGUCACCUGUGAACUGGAUCGUAUUGUGUCUGGGGGAAUCAGUCGACCAAUGUGUCUCAGUUAGUGGGAAAUCAGACAAGUACUGUGCUAUCUAUUCCAGGACUGCUUCCUAGCGGUGUGUCUGCAAACAUACUCGUUAUCAUAUCACCUUUUUCUUAGUGCCAGUUGUUUUGUUGUUGAAUGUGUCGGAGUUGGGUCUUGUAACUUAAACCAUGACUAGGACCAGGAGUUUCUCCAGGAACAACUCUGGGGCUUAAAAAUAGCCUGUUAUUUUGGACCAGAGUUUUACCUAGUCAGGUCACUGGGUCAGGUUAAACUCCUGGCUCUAACCAUGACUAAAUAAUGUUACUAAAUUGCGUAUGUGUAUGGUUGUAUGUGUAACAUAAGCCUCUCUGAAAUGCAGAACGUGAACGAAAACUAAUACAAAUGUACAUUUUAUACAAGUUUAUAUCAAGUCCUAUGAAUAGGAUGCCCUUGUUUUGUAACAAUGUAAUGCAGAGCCUCUUUUCCCUUUGAAAGUAUUACAAUGUUUGUACAUACAUUAAGUUGGGCCCAGAGUUUUCCUUGACCAUGUCACUUUACCAAGAUAACUCCUGGCCCUUUGUUUAACCUCUGUAAAGCACUUACUAGUUUCCUACAGUGUAUUUAUCAUGUAAACUAGGCUCACACAGCACGUUGGCCUAUAACCUGUAUCUAUGUAUCCUUCUGUGUCUGUAUUGUGAUUUGUGUUUUGUUUCAUUUUUUUUUUGUACAGAUAUUGACAAUCGCUACAAACCUAAUACGAAAAUAAAAGCACUUAUUCUCUGGUA